AUGUUGGUACGUCAAAAUCGUUGUUUUCUUGUCAGAUUUUGGUUCCAGCAUACGGGAAAUGGAUUGCAAAGACAGAUAAAAGUGGAGUUGAAGUUAUCGUCAAAAACUCGCUUCGCCAAUUGUCGUUUAAUGUAUCGCCUUGUGGUUCCGAAGACCAUGUUUUUGGAUGUCUACAGGUCUUUUUCCAUUUAUUGUGUUCUCCAAGUUUUGGUUUUAGCGUCAAUUCUUCCGUUUUUGAUUACGAUUUUGUGAGCCCAGAUAUUUUCAACAACGAAGCUCUGGCGAUUAAUUCAAAACCUCACACUGUGAGUGCAAUUAUCAAUUAAUAAAACAAAAAAAUUGGAAUUCAGGUGUUUUUUUGUGCGCAAAAACCUCGUUCUUGGAACUUUUUCCAUCAAAGAUGAGCUCAGUUUUCCAAUGAACUUGCGGUAUCCCCCAUUAUCAGGUUUGGUUUUACAAAAAAUUUUGAAAAUUGGUCCGAUUGUGUCGUAAUUCAGCAAAUGGAGAAUACCAAACAACUUUGAAAGCCCCAGAAGUUGGGCUCGACUGUGCUGGAUUUGCAGACUCUAAAACCAGAGGCUGUGACAAACUUCAAUUUUCCAAAGGUGAGAUUAUCCAGCUUGAAAUUUAUGAAUUCUUCAAGUGACAAUUUACAGAUCCAAGGUUGACGCCGAUUUCUUCCAAAUGGUUGAUGUGCAAAACGAGUAGCAUUGAGAACACUUUCACUUUGAGAACCGGCGAAAUUAACCACUUUUUCUUUGUUUUGGGUGUUUCCUUUGUUUUGAUUCCCUUGUCAUUUUGCAUUUCCGUGAAACUUUUAUGAUUUUUUUCCUACUCAUUUAAUAAUUGAGUUGAUAUAUUGUCUUUUGAGGAUGUGCUCAUUCAAUUUCUAUUUAUCCCGAGUUGCUCAAAACGGCCGCAUAACCCACAUUUAUUUGACUAAAAGGGGAACAAUUUUCAACUAUUUUUCACCAACUUUGUGAAUAUUUUUUAAAUUUCACUUUUACCCAUUUUUACGUGUUGAAACAGGUUUUCGAUCUCUAUUUCUCCACAGUGUUCAUUUUAUUUUUCAUCAAGUUUGUCGAUAAAAUAGAUCAUAAAAAUUUUGAGAUUCAAUUACAAGAAAAAUCAUUAAAUGUCGGUUUUUUUUAACAAGUUAUUAACUUUUUUUUGUAAACAAAAAAUAAAAAAAUAAAAAGCUAAAUCAAAAAAAUAAGGUUAUAUCGGGUGACCAGUAUAUAUGGGUGACAAGGUUUUUUUAUUAGUAGCUUUAGUGUUAUUCAAUUUAGUUUGAUUCAAUAUGGCACUCAUUUACAGUAAGGCAAAAUGAACAAAUCGUGAAAGUUUUUUCUGGGUUUGAAAAAUAUAUGUAAUAAAGGCGACCUUCAAAAGCUACCGAGUUGUAUGCACGUUGGCACACGCGGUUUGGUAUGGAAAUCCAGGUUUAUAUCUGAGAAUAGUCAAUAAUGAGGAUCCAAACUUUUUGACAAUGUGUUAGUGACCAUUUUCAUUAAAAAUUGUUAACAGCAAAAUUUGACACGGAGAAAAUUUGAGUGAAAGUCAGACAAAAAAGUGGCCACCACAGAUUUGAAAAUCUUUUAAAGAAAUUUUCAUUGGAACUCCGUUUCCUCAGAGAAAUCUCAGACAAAUCGGUAGGCUAGGAAAAAUCCACAAAAGACGUGAAAAUCCUUCAACUGCGUGCCUCACAAUACGCAGUUACUUGAUCAAUACAAAUUUCAUCAGAUUUGAACUUUAUUUAACAAAAAAACUGUCGGAUGACCACCUUAGGAUUUGAGCCCGUUUCCUUUUAAAGGCACUCAAAGCUCUAGUGCAGAAAUUAUUCCCAAUUUGUCAUUUUUUUAAAUUAAAGGCUUUUCUCAACCUUUUUCAACAUUACUUCCAAACUAGAUCACGGCUUUAAAAACCCCCUAACAAAAGUUUUUGUAAUCGAAAUAUAAAGUUCUGGGAGGAACAUUGACUACUAGCAAAGCAUCAAUGAAGAUAAAAAAAGUUAAAUUUCACAAAAAUUUUUAAAUGAAAAUGUAGUGGAUAUCCUGAAAAAAAUUCAUGCUCCAAAUCCCAUUUGCCGCGAUACAAGCUUUAUUCAAAGUUGGUCACCCUGUAGUACUGUAGUAGUUAAAUUGAUUGCUUGAUAGUUUUUGUAAGAUUGUCUCAAAAUAAAUAAGUCAAUCAGAAUAAAAAAAUAAGCGAAUGAAGAAAAAAAUACAAAAAAAUACAAUUCAGAAAAACUGAAACUGUAAAAAAAGAAAAAAAGAAGAGCUAAAAAAACAUUUUGAAUCUAUUGAAAAUAGGUGUUUGGGUAAGUGAUGAAGAAUAGAAAGAAGUUGAUGAAAAAAACGAUUAUAUUUUUUUUUUUUUGAAAAACAGUUAGCGGGAAAAAAAUUUUUCUACACGGAAAGAAAAAAAGCGAAAUACAAGGCAUUUAUUUUUCGAAAAACUGAAUUUUUUUGAAUUUUAAACCUGACCACAAACUCAAAAUGAAGUGAAAAUACAUACAAAAAAAUUUUUGAUGAAUAGUUAUUGAUCCUCAGUGAUGAUAAAAAGUAGUAACUGAAAAAAAUCUAAAUUGAUAUUAUUUGAUAAAAUUGUUCAAACUGUUCGUUUUGAAAAAAACAAAAAAAGGUUCGAAUUAGUUUUUUUCAAAAAUAUUACUGAUUAAAUACUUACAAUUUGAAAUGAAAACAGACAGUAAAUGUGAAUCAAAAAAGCAAAAAUGACAAUAAAAGAAAAGAAAAGUUAGAACGGCGAGUCUGUUCUGAAUGAACGUAAGAUGUUGCGACGAGGGUCAGUGCCUUGAGAUCAAACGGCGACGCGCGAAAAGAAGGCGCGAAGCGGCAUUUGGGCGACGGGGUCCGAGCUCCCAAUCUCGUUCAUUCUCCUCAGUUUCCUCCAGCUCGGAUGGUCGUCUUCCCUUCUUCUCUCCUUCUGAUAUUCUCAUACUCCUCCCCAAGUACUUGGACUGUUUUUCGUUCAAAUCAUUGCGCUUUUUUUAAAAAUUGUUUCUGUUUAUUAAUAAUAUCAAUUCAGGUUAUUUGUUUUCGUUCCAAACGACUCUGUCGCCUUAUUUUCCUGUAAAUUUUUUCAAGUGAGUACAUUGAGGGAAAAUUUUAGAAAACCUCUAAUUUACAGAAUGACUUCGAAAGUCACUAAAUCUGGUCUAGCCAAAUUCUUGGGCUUCUAUUUUGUGUCGCUGGUUUUCGUUGCCGUGCUACUUUACCGACCCCUGCCCGAUGGCUUCACAAGGACGACCACCGACCGAUUCGUGAUGCACGUCGUUGAACCAGCUCUCCGUGCAACUUAUUAUUGGCCGGUACAUUAUCAUAUUUUUUCAAUUUCUAUAACCUUUUGAAAAAUUACAGAGCCAGUACUUGUGCAGCAAGGCGAGCAGCAUGGUCUGGUGGACUCGGAUUGUGCUCAACAACAUGGUCAAGCUCAUCGGUCCCAUUUUCACUUCCGACAAGGACCUUAUCGUCAACACUACUCUUUGGAAUGGCGUGAAGGUUGCUCCAUUCUCACGGAUCAAGAAGAAACCAUCCCAAUUUUUGAAGGUGCGGACAUACAUUCCUGUGAUGAACGUUACAUCUGGACGCGGAGCCGUUCUUUUCAUUCACGGUGGAGGUUUCGCUUUGGGAAACAUCGACAUGUACGAUUCUCUGGUCAGGCGCAUGGCUAAAUUGUGAGAUUUUCAUAUUCGAAUAUCAGCUGUGAACUUACUUUUCAAAUUGCAGGAACAACGUUCUGUACGCUUCGGUUGAAUACCGCCUUUCUCCCGAAACGCCGUUUCCUGGUGGAAUCCUCGACUGUGAAGCCGCUCUCGACUACUUGGUUCAACAUGGACAGCACGAGUUCAGAAUUGACACUAGCAAGGUGAAUAUAAAAACUGGAAGGGAACAUUUCCUUUUCCUUUCUGCAGAUUGUCGUUAUGGGCGAUUCGGCUGGUGGCAAUCUGGCUGCCGUUGUUUCUCAAAGAAGAGUCAGCUCUGGCAAGCAACCAGCUAUCCGUGCCCAGUCGUUGAUCUACCCCCUCCUCCAGAUGGCCGACAUGCAAACCGUUUCUUACCGCUACUUCAAGCAACGUCUCACUGGAUAUGCCCUUGUCGGUCAGUAGUUUUGAAAUUUUUGAUCAGCUAAUCAACUGAUUUUUACGAAAAUCUUUCUUCAAAACAAAUUUCAGAUCCUACUUCCGUUGCCUACUACUACAUGUUUUACGCCGGCAUCAACAUGGACGAAAAAGAUUAUUUGGUGCCUCACGUUCUCACAAACGGUCAUGUUGCUGAUAAGCACAAAUCGACAGUGAACAAGGUUAUUUUAAGAAAACUAUACUUUGCAAUUGCUAAUGUAAUUUUUUCAGGCCAUGUCACAUGCUGCUCACAUUGAAAACGCUCACAACUACAACAACUACAGUAUUCCGGCGGUUUUAAAAGAAUCUCCAAGUGAAGAGGCCAAGCGGCUGAUGGAGCCUUUCAUCGUCAACCCAGACUUUUCUCCUCUGAUGCGCGAGAAUCUCUCAGACCUGCCACCGACUUUCGUUCUCACUUGCGAAUUUGACGUGCUGCGUGACGAGGGAAUCAUGUAUGCAAAGCGGCUGGAGGUGAGGAUUCGAUUAAAGUUGACCGAAAAACAUGAAAACUUUUUUUCUAAAAAAAAAAUCUUUUUCAGGAAGCUGGAGUCCCGACGCUGCAUCGGCACUACAUCAAUGGUUUUCAUGCAAUGCUCAACUUCCACAACGAGCUCGAAGAAGCGACUCUUUCUCUUUUGGACAUCGUUAGAUGGACCGCCAACUACGUCAACUAA